AUGGCCUUACGCGCGUGGUGGGAGACACUGCCGGAGCGCCGGCCCUUGCUGGUUUACGCCGCCACGUGGACGACGCUCCUGACGGCGACCGUGGCGGCGACGUCCGUCCUGCCGGAGGUCGCCUUCGUGUGGGCGGUCUCUCCGGCGUCCUCGUUCUCGCGGCCCUGCGGCGGCGGCGAGCUCAUCAGAGUCCCGCUGGACGUGCCGGGCGAGGUGCUGUGCCUGCCGGCGGCGCAGUUCGGCCGCUCCGGUCUCGACCUCCUCGUGCCGCCGAUCUUCGCGGCGGCGGUGGUGGCCGCCGCCGCGCUCCUAGUCAGAGCCCUCGGCUUGUGGGACGACGACGAUCCGGCAACCAGCUGA